CUCUCGCGACGUUUCCUGUCGGACUGUAUUUGUGGGUGCACAGACGCACCUUGAACUUUCCCGUCUUUUCCUCUCUUUUCUCCUCUAAUAAAGGAUGUCUAGCCUCGCGCGGCUGCUCCGGGCCGCGCGCCCCGCUGGCGGGCGGGAGUCACGCGCCUUUCGCGCAGAAAAACGCCUCAUUUGGAGUCUGAAAACGAACUUUUUACACCGUAGUUCGGCUUCGGUUCCGCCCCCUCACACUGGCUCACACAGAAGAGACCGUUCCGGUUCUGCUGGGACCGGGACGGUCCGGAUCGGCUGCGCCUCCGGGUUCUGGGGGGACACGGCCACCUCAGUGCCUCAGCUGAUCUUCGGCGGGGAGCUGGACUUCCUGGUCUUCGACUACCUCAGUGAGAUCACCAUGUCUCUGCUCACCGCCGCCAGAACCAAGGCGCCUAACCUGGGUUAUGCUCCAGACUUUGUCCACGCCGCUCUGGCGCCGUUCAUCAACGACAUCCACAGGAAAGGUAUCCGUAUCGUCAGUAACGCCGGCGGCGUGAACCCUCUGGCCUGCGCCGAGGCCAUACAGGAGGUCGUCAAAAAGGCGGGGCUUGACCUUAAGGUUGCCGUGGUGACGGGCGAUGACCUCAUGCCGCGGAAGGGCAAAAUGUCAGAAGUUAAGAUGGCUGACGGCGAGGGCGUGCAGCGGCUGCCGCGGACGCUGCACAGCAUGAACGCUUACCUGGGGGCCGAGCCCAUCCGCCGCUGCCUGGACCUGGGCGCCGACGUGGUGGUGACGGGACGCUGCGUGGACAGCGCCGUGGCGCUGGGGCCGCUCAUGCACGCUUUCGGGUGGAGAAGCAGCGACUAUGAUCUUCUGGCAGCAGGAAGCAGUUGUUGUAGCUGUUGCUGUCGUGUCAGUCUGGCAGGUCACCUGAUCGAGUGUGGCGCCCAGAGCACGGGAGGCAUCUUCACCGACUGGCACACCGUCCCUGAUUGGGACGUGAUGGGCUUCCCGGUGGUCGAGUGUUCGUCCGACGGCUCCUUCCUUCUCUCCAAACCUCCAAAAACCGGCGGCCUGGUCUCCGCCGGGACGGUGGCGGAGCAGCUGGUGUACGAGAUCGGCGACCCGCGCCGAUACCUGCUGCCUGACGUCACCUGCGACUUCAGCCAGGUGGUCCUCCAGGAAGUACCCGGAGCAGAGGGAGGAGCUGUCAGCGUCAGAGGAGCCAGAGGUUUCCCUCCACCACACCACUACAAGGUGUGCGCCACGUACCUGGACGGGUUCAGAGCCACGGCGGUCUGUCCGGUCGGAGGUCCGAGGGCGGCCGAGAAGGCCAGACGGACGGCAGAGAGCCUCAUCAAACGAACCAGACGUCUGUUCCAGCUGCUGAGUCUGGACGACUUCAGCGCCGUCAACAUCCAGAUCCUGGGAGCCGAGGACACGUACGGGCACAACGCUCGCAACAAGGAAUCCAGGGAGGCGGUGAUCUGGAUGUCCGUCCACCACCAGCAGAAGAAAGCUCUGGAAGUCUUCUCCAGAGAAAUCGCCUCGGCUGGAACCGGCAUGGCUCCUGGGCUCACGGGCAUCGUUGGAGGACGACCCAGAGUGUCUCCAGUUCUGAAGCCCUUUUUCUUCUUACAGCCUAAAUCUGAGCUGACGGUGGACAUCCAUCUAGACGGAAAGCUGGUGGAGUCGCUCAAAGAGGCGGAGCCAGACACAUCGCUGAAGGAUGAAGCCCCGCCCACCUCAGGAGACGACCUACCUGACACAGAGCUGCCCAGCGGACCACACAGCUACCGACUGGAGGAGCUGGCGUUCACCAGGAGCGGCGACAAAGGAGACUCGGCGAACAUCGGAGUUGUAGCUCGUCAUCCUCUCUUCUUCCCGUACCUGAAGAAACACCUGACCACCGCUGUUGUCCAGGAGUACUUCUCCCACCUCAUUGAACCGGGACAGCAUGAUGCGGUCACACGGUACACACUGCCAGGCAUCCACGCGCUCAACUUUGUUCUGCAGCGAUCGCUGGGCGGGGGAGGGGUGGCGUCUCUGCGCAGCGACCCCCAGGGGAAGGCCUACGGACAGAUGCUGCUGGACCUGAAGCUCAGGGGGCUGCCGGACCUCAAGUCCCUGGUGGACUGACAUCGGGACAUGGAGCCAUAAAUGUAACAGGUGUAGCUUUUUAUCUGAUUCAAUUCAUCACGAUCAGGCGUGGUCGAAGGGAUUCUGGAGCUUUUAUUUAGUCAGUUUUGAGACAUACGAGAUGCACAGAGGGACUGGGGGCUCUUUUCCUGGGGGGUUGUUUGUUCAGGAAUCAGGAAAACCUCUAAAAGCUGUGGAGUGACGGCGUCUGUCGCCACCCGGAGCUGAUCAAAGCUGCUGCAAACAUUCAGACCAUGUAGGCCUGAGUGGAAACCUUUGACCCCCCAGGACAGGAGUGCAGUUGGGGCUUCCCUCUGCAGAGGAUCUGCCCCCCGUUUAGAUAUUGGAGGAGACACUCUGUGUCUUUUAACUGACCCGACGUUUGCAGGAAUGUGCGUCUACUUGGUGCUUCCCGCUCGGCCGAUCCUAAUUGCAAACAGAAGUCGCCGCCGCUUCCGACCUUUUCAUCGCGAUCCCCCGAAUCCAAAAUCUCCCGAAGCGUCUCGGGUUCUCCUCCAGCUCCUCUUUCAUGUUUGUUUUCCAGGAGCUCUGACCUCUCAUGUUCCACAAUCAAAGCUGACCUCAGCGUGUUAAACUUCUCCCUCCGGCGGUUGGUUUCUGACCGGCGAGCGUCUUUCAAGCAGACGAAAUCAAAGUUUAUAUUAAAACCAUAAUAAACGUCAGGAAGACAAAUUCCUCCGACUGAAAGCAGAGCAUAAAUCACUGCAGCGACGGAGGAAGUCGCCCCGUCUGUCAGAGCGACCCGUCAAAAUAAAAGCCUGAACACAAAUGUUGCUAAAUUGCAUUAAAAAAAUGAGCGGUGGAUUCACAUCUGUCCGACAUGCCGACUCCAGAGCAGCGUUCAGGCCGUUGCAGCAUUUUUCCUGGCAUCUCGCUUGCCUUUUAUGAAGGACGUUCUCACACCGAGUUUAGGUGAAUUCAUUCUCAUUAGAGACGCUUUUGUUUGGGGCUUUCUGGGUUUCUUGUUUAAGGAAUUCCUUUGUUAUUGUGCCAAAGCAGAAAUGAUUAAAUGUGUUCAAAAGUAAGUCCCUCAAUAUUUAAAACGUGUACAUUGAGCAAAAAUAGAAAAAUAUGGAUGUAAACUCAAGGAAAACGUCUGAAACUUCACAUUUUGUUCUUUAACUUUGAUUACAGGAAGCAGAAAAUUCAAAUAAACAUUAAUUUCAUUAAAAAAAUUGUUAGUUGAUAUCCUUUAGAAAUUCUCAGCUGCUUCAAGAUUUACCAAAAUAAAUUAGAUGAAAAGAAGUCCUAGAAUUGAGCCAUGUGGAACACCGCUCAUGUUUUUUUAUCAUUAAACUUUUUGUUUCAGGCUUUCUGUUUUUUUGGUUUAAGGAAUUAUUUUGUUGUCGUUCCAAAACGGAACUGGUUAAAUCUGUUAAAAAGUAAUCACUCAACAUUUAAAACAUUUACAUUUAAGGAAAAAUGAGAAAAUGUUGAUGGAGCUAAACUGAAGGAAAACGUCUGAAACUUCACAUUUUGUUCUUUAACUUUUGUUAAAGGAAACAGAAAAUUCAAAUAUACAUUAAUUUAAAUAAAUUAAAGAAAUUUAUUGUUGUUAACCUUUGAAACUUCUUCUUUGUUUCAAGUUUUACUAAAACAAAUUACAAACAUGAAAAGAGGUCCUAGAAUUGUGCCAGGUGGAACACCGCUCAUGUUUUUUUAUCAUUAUUAAACUUUUUGUUUUGUAGGAAGUUUAUGUGAAUCCUUUAAAAAAAAAAAUAAUCACCAAAUUUUUUUCUUUUAUCAGCAAUGGUGAAAAUUUGCAAUUUUAACCGCAAAGAUUUCCAGGUUUUUUAACAUCAAAUUUAUUUUAAUUUUUAGUUUAUAACAGCAACCUGAAAACUCCUGUAAUAUUUCUGUCAAAGUGUUUAUGAAUCCGUUAAUAUAGUUAAAGCAAAAACAUUAUGAUGGAAUUAAAUGACCUGAUUGUGUUAU